AUGAAAAUAGACAUACGCAUACCGGAGUGGGUCAUACUCUUCUUGAAGAACUACGUCUUUGAGGAUAAAUUGCUCAAUAAAUUGGAAGAAAAUGAACCAGAACUUGCUACUUCGCCCGAUGAGGAAUGUGUAAUAUGUGUGAACGCAAAGGCGACAAUGCAAACCUCUCCAUGCGGCCACCGCGUCGUAUGCCGGCGAUGUUUUGUAAAGACUAUCCAGAUGGCAGUCAGCCAGCGCCUGCUGCCGCUUCGCUGCGUCAUUUGCCGUGCAAAGAUAUUGAGGCUGCGGCAGGCACCACGACUAGUAACCAGCAAGAGCUGGCAGGUGUCAACCGGUAGUGCCAAGUCAUGGGGUGUGCCAGGAUCGGUGUCGAGCUACUCUGUAGGUGCGCGUUCUGUACCGGCCUCCGCAUCGCUAUAUUCCGUCACCAGUGGCGAGUCUUCCCUUUCGGGAGUGUCUUCCGUGUCGUCUAACAGCGGUGGAAAUGUUCCAAAUAGUUGUUCUACGAAGCUUUGUGGGGGUUCAAAGUGUGGAGGUGCGUGCCUCGGAGCCAUACCACGUCCACCAGCAGCCGCACCGCCAAAACCUAGGCAACCGGCUUCCAACUCGCUUCGAAGGUCGCAACACCACAGCAUGAAGGCACGGUUACAGGACUACCAAGUGCAUAGUUACACGGGAGGUCCGGCUGGAGAGCCCUCAGGCCGCCUACCGCCCAUCAGAGAAUUCCAGAGGGAAUUUCGUGAGGGACGACGUGAGAGCGCCGCCGCAGCCUCCGCUUCUACUAGAAUAAGGUGUGCCCAAAAAAUUGUUACACAACUAGAAACAUCACCACAAAAGGAGAAACAACACUUCUUCCGGCCAUUAAAACCUUCGAACAAAGACGACCCGCCCAACUCGAGAGAUCACAGCAAAGAGACUGAACGUACAAAAGAUAACCCCAAAUCAAAACCCAAAAAAGAAGAUAAAAAGAAAAAAGACGACGAAAACACAAAGCAGGAUGACAAAAGCAAAAAAGAUGAGAGCAGUGAUAAUAGAAAGAACGAAAUAGCUGAAAGAAAGAAAGAAGAAAAAAAUAGACUUAAAGCAGAAAAGGAGGCAAAAAAAGAAGCGAAACAACAAGCCAAAGAAGAGGAAAGACAGGCUAAAUUGUUAGCUAAGGAAGAAGAAAGACAAGCUAAAUUAAAGGCCAAGGAAGAAAAGAAAAAAGCCAAAAAAGAAGCUAAGCUCGCGGCGCAGGCAGAGAAAGAGAAAACCAAAUAG